AUGAUAUGGGCAGAUGGAAUCUGCAUCAACCAAUCUGACUAUGAAGAAAAGAACACACAGGUUAGUUUGAUGAGUUUGAUUUAUGAAGUUGCAAGGCACACUAUUAUAUUCCUUGGAGAAGCAACCUCAGAAACCGAUGAAAUCUUUAAAUCAUUGCUCCAUCCAAUAUCCUCGUCAUUGACGAAGCAAAUUAAACCAGGAUUUCCAUCCAACGUUCGAAGAUCGCACAAUACCGAUGGCAAAUUUGAUCUACCAUCGAAAGAACAUAUGGACUCAAGACUUGAUGAUCUAGUUCUUCACUUAUUAGAGAUGCCAUGGUUCAGAAGAAUCUGGAUUCUCCAAGAACUGGUUCUUUCCGGUGAUCCCUGGGUACAAGUGGGAAAUUAUCGUCUCAGAUGGAAAAACUUUACAAGCCUCAUUUUCGAGUUCAAUUCCAAGCAUGAUUCUGCAUUGGUCAAGUCUCCAAAUUACAAUGUUCUAGUCGAGAUGUGCAAGUUGCGCGAAAGCUUUGUAUCAAGGACUUCGCAGAGCUCUGACCCAUGCGAUUAUCUGCUUCAGAUUCUUCACUCGCGUCGUGGGUAUGGCGUGUCCGAUCCAAGAGAUAUGUUGUAUGGACAUCUCGCCAUGUUUGUAAACCACACGAAAAGUAAGAACCCAAAAAUCGAAAAAUUAAUCGAAAUCGAUUAUCGAAAAACAAUAACAGAUGUGUAUACGGAUUUGACAUUGUAUUUUUUGAAUCAACAAUCUAAUUUUGGAUUCCUGUCGCAUGUGGAAGAUGUGAACUUUGAAGAGAGGAAAUGGAAUCUACCAACCUGGGUACCGGACUGGACCUCGAAAAAAGUUUCUAUGGAUGCGAAGUGGCGUUUGCAGAAAGGGAAGACAGGUAACGGUAUUCAUGAUAUGAGGGAUAUACAUGUUGUUCUGGGGGAAAAGGCUAUAUUGGGUUGUAUUGGAACAAGGGUCAAUUGUGUGGAAGUGGUCAAAAAUGAGAUUCCGAGGAGGGAGGAUGUUUUUGCUUUGUGUCAUAAAAUCAAGAAUUUGCGUGCCAUGGAAAGUCAUCGAAAGAAUGCCUAUAUUGCUGAUAAGAAGAUGAAAGUUCGUCUCGUUUGUGAACAUUUCUGUGCGUGGUUCAAUACCUCAGAGACUUCUCCCUAUAACUAUAUCUCAAAAGAUCUGGAAAAGUUUUUCUUUCAACAUGAGUAUCCAAGCGCCACAGACAUAUUCUUCGACAGAAUGGAACUGAUUUCCAAAAUCGCAGAUCCCGCAGAUCUAGAACUGCUGAAGAUCGAUACGAAAGUGUUGUAUAAUCAAAGUUACUCGGAAGAUUUAUGGAUAUACGUAUUGAUGGCCAUGACGGAUAUCAGUGGAAAUUUUCUUAGGAGCAAGAAACUUGCGGUUUUGGGCAAUGGGAAAAUUGCACUGGUGAGUGUGCGAACGGAAGUAGGAGAUGAAAUAUGGACGUUCAAUGGGGAGGAAAAGGGGUCGUAUUAUGUCUUGCGGGGCUAUGAUGGUGACGAGGGCGAUGGGUGGGUUGAGAAGAAGGAAAGGAAAAGGGAGAGAGAGGAUAAGGAGGCUUUGGAUAGAGGGUUUGAGAAUUUUUUUGGACAAAAGAAAAAGGAGGCUAUGGAGAAAUAUGUAGAUUGUAGGGAUGAUGGACAACUUCUUUGGCACGAAAGGAUUUAUGAGACGGAGAGGUAUUUGUUUGUUUUGAACAAGAGAGCUUAUUUAUGGAUGGUGAAUUCACUAUUCAGAGCAGCACGAGUGUUGGCGAAAAUUGAGGGUGAGGGAAAUAGCGAUGGAGAAGGGGAGAGAGAGAGGGAGAAGGAAUCGGAAGAAAACUUGAAGAGAAAAAUGGAAAUGGUUGUUGGGAAUUUGCUGAACGAGAUGAAAAGGGCUAAUCGUACGGCUACGACUUGUGAGAUAAAGAACACAGAGGUGAUUCUUCUGAAAACGGAUUGCGUUGUUGGUUGUGAAUUGAGGUAUGAUGAUGGACAUGAAUAUGAAUAUGAUAAUGAGAAGAAGAGUAAGGGAAAGGAAAAGGACAAAGAGGUGAAAGGGGAGAGACGGAGGGGAGAAAAGAAAGAGAGGGAGAGGGAGAGAGAGAUGUUCAAGGAGGAACUGAGGGAAAGAAAGAGAGAGAGGGAAAGGAAGAGGGAGAUAGAACUCGUUAAAAAUGUUGAGAAGAUGAGAGAAUGGUGGAAAUUGGGAUUGCGGGUUCCGAGUGAGACUUUAGAUGAUGAGGGAGAGUAUGAUGAGUGGUGGUUCGAAGAGGGGCUGGAGGAAUGGAGGGAAUGGAGUGAAGCUUUCUCUUCCUCCGACGACUCUGAAGACUCUGAAGAAUACGAAGACUCUGAAGACUCUGAUUACUCUGAAGACUCUGAAGACUCUGAUUACUCUGAAGACUCUGGACACCCUAGAUACCUUAGACGCUCCAACGGCUCCGACGACUAUGAAACCCCUGACAACCUUGAAGACCCUCAACACUUCCAAGAAUCAGCAAGAGUGCAAAGAAGAGUUCAUGAUAUGGAAGAUUGGGAGAAAUUUAUACAGCCGCUCCAGCAUGAGAUUAUUGCAAUUCAUUAA